AUGGCUUUGAAUAUCAGUGGCUUAGUAGCUCUGCUUUUAUUCUAUGCCCUGACUUUAGCUAUUGGAAUAUGGGCUUCUCGGAAAACCAGGCAGAAGGAACAGCAGAAGCCCAGUGAAGUAGCCAUGGUGGGAGGCAGGAACAUGAAUUUUUGCAUUGGGUUGUUCACAGCAACUGCAACAUGGGUUGGAGGAGCCUACAUCAAUGGCACGGCUGAAAUUGUCUACCUCCCUUCAAGAGGACUGGUGUGGGUUCAAGCUCCAGUUGGCUUUGCUUUGUCUCUCCUUGUUGGAGCAACCAUGAAGGUCAUUUUGGACAUCCAGGGUUAUAUUGCCAUCAUUCUUUCUGCAUGUACGGUGAUAUUGUAUACUUUACUAGGAGGUUUGUAUUCAGUGGCCUAUACAGACGUGAUACAACUUAUCUUUAUAUCGCUCAGUCUGUGGAUUUGUAUCCCUUUCGCCAUCAUGAACCCUGCUACAGAAAACAUUUUUCAUACAGCUACUCACAAUAUAUCCCAAGCCCCUUGGACCGGAAAAAUAGAACCAGAGUUUUAUGGAAGAUGGUUUGAUGAUUUCUUAUAUUUGGUGCUUGGGGCCAUCCCAUGGCAAACCUAUUUUCAGCGAGUUCUCGCAGCUUCCUCCCACAAAGAAGCCAGGUUAAUUUCCUAUUUUUCUGGACUGGGCUGCUUCAUCAUGGCUAUCCCUUCUGUAUUGAUAGGAGCAGUGGCUGCCUCCACAGACUGGAACCAGACCGAUUAUGGCCUCCCCACCCCGUACGAAAGAAACGAGUCUGCUCUCAUACUUCCGCUAGUCCUUCAGCAUCUCUGCCCGAUGUACAUCUCCGUCGGUGGUUUGGGUGCCAUCGCAGCUGCUGUGAUGUCCUCUGGAGAUUCUGCUCUGCUCUCUGCCGGUUCCAUGUUUGCUCACAACAUCUAUAGGAAAAUAUUCCGAAGAAAGGCAACUGAGAAAGAGGUCCUGUGGGCAAUGAGAAUCUCCAUGGUGGUGUUUGGGAUAAUUUCAGCACUUCUGGCUUUCUACUCCUCUUCGAUCUUUGACCUCUGGUUCUUGAGUGGAGAGCUAGUAUACACUCUCCUUUUCCCCCAGUUGUGUUGUGCUCUGUUUCUUUCCAGCACCAACACCUAUGGCUCAAUGGUUGGGUUCUUCCUUGGCUUUCUUCUACGGUUAUUGGCAGGAGAACCAUCCUUAAAGAUCCCCCCUGUGAUCUGUUACCCGGGAUGCUCAGUUGUAGAAGGUAUCUCUGUCCAGCUCUUUCCAUUCAAGAUGGUCACCAUGCUAGUCACGCUGUUCACCAUCUUCUCAACUUCCCACCUGGCCAGCUUUAUGUUUAAGAGCAGAAUCCUUCCUGCUGAAUGGGACGUCUGCCAAGUUACCAUGGAUGCCAGAAUGCCUGUUCCCUUCUCCAGGGAAGAAAGACAGAUGGAAAAAAUCCAGAAUUGUGAGCAAGUAGAGGAAGCGGUUAUGAAAGAUAUUUGA